AUGAAGUUCUCUGCCUUGAUCGUCAUCGCCAGCGCGGUGGUGCAGACGCUUGCCCAUCCCCAGUUUCUAUCAAUCCGCGAGUUUGUUCCCCAGGAGUGGAUUGCUCCAACUCCAGACGCCUCUCGUGGCCCCUGCCCCGGUCUCAACACUUUGGCCAACCAUGGGUAUAUCCCUCGCGACGGCAAGAAUAUCACACUCGACAUUCUUAAAGACGGUAUGCUCACCGGCUAUAACAUUGAGAACUUGGAUGCUGUUAUCCUCUUCACUCAAGCUAUCAAGACCAGCCCCAAGUAUCCCAAUACCCACACCUUCGAUCUGGCUGAUCUUGGACGACACAACAUCCUCGAGCAUGACAUUUCUCUCAGUCGUUCCGACGCAUUCUUUGCUGAUCCGAACCCAUUCAACGAGACCGUCUGGGCGGAGUCCCUUAUCUACUUUCCCGACGACCUGUUGACAGUCGAACAAGUCGCCAAGGCGAGAAUGGGCCGCUUAGCGACCUCCAAGAAGACAAACCCUGAGCACUCGUUGUCUAAGCUAGCUGAUGGCUUCAGCUGGGGCGAGAUGGCGUCCUUCUUUGAGAUCAUGGCUGAUGGCACCACCGGCACGGUGGAGAAGAAGUUUAUUGAGUACUGGCUGAGAAACGAGCGCAUGCCGACGGAGAUUGGAUGGCAGCGACGCCCUACGAUUAUGCGGGGUGGUGAGCGCGUCGAGUUUACUAGAAAGCUCAUGCAGGCUGCCGGCGUUGCCCGUCGUGACAUCAAGAGUGAUGCUUACGGUCGUAAGCUGGUCAUGUGA